AUGUCGACCGAGCGCCGUAUUAAGUCGCUGAAGCUGCGGCUCAAAAGUCUGGUGACGUCGCUCAAUCACAUCAAAUCAUUCGUCAGCAGUUACGAUGAGGAAACGCAUGCUGAUGAGGUACCUGUGAGGUUGGAGAGUCUGAUCAAGUUGUGGUCGGACUACAGUACGGUCCAGAGUGAACUGGAGACCCUUGAUGAAACUGCGAUCGAUGCUCAUCUGAAAGAUCGGACAGCCCUUGAAUCUGCCUACUACUCCGUUAAGGGCUUCCUGCUGGCCCGUAAUAAAACUCCUAUUACACCUAUUCCUUCUCCUACUCAUUUAACGGCGCAAUCCCUUCCGUCGGUAUCGCAAAUGCGUUUGCCCGAUGUUAAGCUCCCCAUUUUCGAUGGCAAUAUAGAGAACUGGAUGAAUUUUCACGAUUUAUUUGUGUCGCUGGUCCACUCAUCGGCUAGUCUCUCGAGCAUCCAGAAGUUUUAUUACCUACGUUCAUCGUUGUCAAAUGCAGCUCUUCAUCUAAUUCAGUCAAUCCCAAUAAGCACAACCAACUAUCCAGUGGCUUGGAAUCUUCUCAUGGAUCAUUACCAGAAUACUAGUCGUCUAAAGCAGUCCUAUGUAGACACUCUCUUUGAUUCAACUUCAUUAAAAAAGGAAUCGGCAACGGAGCUACACAGUCUGGUAGAGAAAUUCGAGGCAAAUGUCAAGGUGCUGCAUCAACUGGGCGAACGCACGGAAUUUUGGGACAUUUUGCUCAUUCGUAUGCUCAGUACUCGACUGGAUCCGACAACAAGGCGAGAUUGGGAGGAAUAUUCUUCGACCAAGACAGCGAUCACGUUCAACGACCUGACUGCUUUCAUUCAACGGCGCGUGAGUGUAUUGCAAUCCAUUCAGGUAAAGCAUAUUGAAAUGCCAUCGUCAAUCAUUCCGAAGAAACCAGCUCAGCGUUCCGUUUCGAGUCACGGAGCCAACCAAACUAAUGUCCGGCAAUGCGUCAUUUGUUCCGAUCAUCACCCUUUAUACACUUGUGGGAGUUUUUCGAAGCUUUCGGUAGAAGAAAAGGAGAAAGAAGUCCGUCGCCAUCAACUGUGCCGGAAUUGUCUGCGAAAGGGUCAUCUCUCAAAGGAUUGUGCGUCGUCUAGCAACUGCCGCAAGUGUCGUGGACGUCAUCAUUCUCUGAUCUGUCCAAAUGAUUCCUCUUCCUCGAAGUUCAAGUCUUCGAGCCCACAGUCAUCGAAACCUCUCACUUCCAGUCCUUCUAGCGAUCCUCCAACCACAUCUGCAUCUGCAACGGUUGUCGAGUCGAUCAGUUGCGCGUCCGCUGGACACUGUCAGAAGACGGUCCUUCUUGCCACAGCCGUGAUUAUUCUCGUCGACGACAACGGAGUCGAACACAUCGCUCGCGCACUCCUGGACUCGGGAAGUGAAUGCUGCUUCAUUACCGAACGGUUCUCGCAGCGCAUCAAGGUGCAGCGAAAAAAGAUCUACCUACCGAUAACGGGCAUCGGUCAAGCAUCCACUCAGGCCAAGCAUAAACUCUUCUCUAAGAUUCAGUCUCGAGUUGGCGAGUACUCCACCAACGUCGAAUUUCUUGUUCUGCCCAAAUUAACAAUCGACUUGCCAGCCACAUCCGUCGACACUUCGACAUGGAACAUGCCUCCCAGCAUCCAGUUAGCUGAUCCGUCGUUCGACAGCACUAAUCCCGUGGAUAUUAUCAUCGGAGCCGAAAUAUUCUUUGAUCUGUUCAAGGUUCCUGGUCGAAUUCCGCUCGGCGACAAUCUUCCGGUGCUGGUCAACUCUGUCUUUGGUUGGGUCGUGUCUGGAAAGUCCACCAUCAGUCCACGGACCGCUAUUGUUGUCUCUAACGUCGCUACCAUCUCCGAUAUUCACCAACUUAUGGAAAAAUUCUGGACAAUCGAGGAAGAUAGCUCAUCGACAGCGUACUCCGUUGAGGAAGCAGCAUGUGAGGAGCAUUUUCAGCGCACCGUUACUCGCAACGCUGAGGGACGAUACAUCGUUCGCUUGCCAGUCAAGGAGGACGUGCAACGUCAGCUCACCGACAACCGACGCAUAGCUGUUCGCCAGUUUCACUUGCUUCAAAAUCGCCUACUUCGCAAUCCCGAGCUUCACCAGCAGUACAAAGCCUUCAUCGACGAGUAUCGCGACCUCGGACAUAUGGAGCGGAUUCAUGACUAUGACAACCCAGCAGUUCAACACUACUACCUCCCUCAUCACGCUGUGAUUCGCCAGGACAGCACAACCACCAAAUUACGGGUAGUCUUUAACGCUUCAAGUAAAACACCCAACGGACCUUCGCUCAACGACGCCCUAAUGGUGGGACCAACCGUGCAAGAGGACAUUCGAUCGAUCACGAUGCGAUCUCGGAUGCAUCAAGUCAUGAUAAUUGCCGAUGCAAAGAUGAUGUACCGCCAAGUUCUUGUUGACCGUCGUGACUGUCGAUUUCAGCUCAUUGUCUGGAAACCAUCACCAGACCAUCCCAUGGAAACGUACGAACUAAGAACGGUGACGUACGGUACGGCCAGUGCCCCGUUCCUUGCCACUCGAGUGCUAAAUCAGCUCGCAGAUGAUGAAGGGCAUCAAUUUCCACUGGCAGCGAGGGCACUCAAGAAGGAUGUCUACGUCGACGAUCUCUUUUCCGGUGGCGAAACUAUAAAAGAAGUCAUCGAACUCCGCAAACAACUAGACGCACUCCUAGCAAAGGGCGGAUUUCAGCUUCGCAAAUGGGCUUCAAACGAAGAGGCAGUUCUUGAAGGGAUUCCACCGGAAAACCGCGCUCUCCUCACUUCCUUUGACCUAGACCGCGACCAAGUCAUCAAAACGCUUGGGUUGCAUUGGGAACCAGCUACAGAUUGUCUACGUUACAAAACCGACUUCCCACCCGACACAGAAAACCAGCCUAUCACCAAACGGAUUACACUCUCGUUGAUUGCUCGUCUCUACGAUCCGCUUGGCUUGGUAGGACCCGUCGUCACAUCCGCGAAAAUCUUCAUGCAAAACUUGUGGACUCUAAAAACCGACGACGGAUCAUCUUGGAGUUGGGACAAGGAAUUGCCAAUCGACUAUCAAACCCGGUGGAUCGAUUACAAGUCGCAGCUACCCAGACUCAACGAACUCCGCAUAACUCGCUGCAUUCUCUUGGCGAAUCCGGAAACCAUUCAAAUCCACAUUUUCUCCGACGCUUCGCAGCUUGCGUAUGGAGCCUGCACCUACAUCAGAUCAACCAAUGCAUCUGGGAGAAUCAAAGUUACCCUACUCACUGCAAAAUCAAGGGUAGCUCCUCUCAAGCGGAAGUCAAUUCCUCGACGUGAACUGUGUGGGGCCCUAUUGGCAGCGCAACUUUACGAGAAGGUAAAAUCAUCGCUACAGCUCGACGCAGAAUGCUACUGUUGGGUCGACAGCACCUUCGUACUGUGCUGGCUUCGGGCAUCACCGUCUGUUUGGAACACUUUUGUUGCUAACCAAACUUCCAAAAUUCAGCUCGCCACCCAGAACUGCUCGUGGAAUCAUAUCGCUGGAAUGGAAAACCCAGCGGAUUGCAUUUCCCGUGGAAUCUCAGCCGACACUAUCAUCGACUUCGAUCUCUGGUGGCAAGGACCUGAAUGGCUUCGACAACCCCAAGCAAAUUGGCCAAUCUCUACGAAUACACCCGAUCAACCGCCUGAAGCAUUGGAAGAAGCUCGUCGAACAACCAUAGCUGUCCCAUCGUUGCCAACUGAACCAUCUUUCGUCGACCGGCUAGUCGGAAAAUUCUCCAGCUAUCAACGUCUCAUCUGUGUCACCGCUUUUUGCUGCCGUUUCUUCAAAAAUUGCCGAAUACCGUCCAGUGAGCGCCCGAAAACUAUCCUACAAAAUAAGGAAGAAUUAAUUGGAGCGGAAAAUCUGCUAAUCGAAUUGGUGCAACAACAAGCGUUUAACGAAGAUUGGAAACAACUUCAACAAUCGCAACCCGUGUCAUCUAAAUCCCGCCUCAAAUGGUUCCAUCCAUUCCUCUCUCCAGAGCAUAUAAUUCGAAUCGGUGGCAGACUAGAAACCUCGAAUCAACCGUAUGAUAGCAAGCAUCAAAUUCUUCUACCCGCUUCACACAGACUCUCGACGCUUCUAAUCCAGAGUUACCAUAAACUCCACCUUCACGCAGCACCUCAACUGCUUCUAACCCUACUCCGACAACGGUACUGGAUCAUAGGGGCCAGAAACUUGGCCAGGCGUUUGGUCCACAGCUGCAUUAUCUGCUUUCGAGCGCGACCAAGAAUGCUGGAACAAUUCAUGGCUGGACUUCCUUCUUCGAGAACCAUCGCGACUCGACCCUUCGCUGUAACAGGGAUCGACUACUGGGGACCAAUUCCGCUUAAGCCCACUUACCGCCGUGCUGCACCAGGAAAGGCCUACGUUGGUGUUUUUCACUCCGCCGGUUCGUCUCUCGUCGUGGACUUUGUCGCGGUCGGUCGCAAUUUUGUUGGAGCGAACAACGAAUUACGGGAUCUAGUCAGCAGAAAACCCCAUGACGAUGCAAUCGCAGCCGAAUGCAACCAACAUGGGAUUCGCUGGCACUUCAACCCACCGAGAGCAUCUCAUUUCGGCGGCCUUUGGGAGGCUGCGAUCAAAUCAGCUCAAAAACACUUUGUCCGUGUCCUCGGAACGCAUACCCUUGCCUACGACGAUAUGACCACGCUACUGUGCCAAAUAGAAUCCUGCCUAAAUUCCCGACCGAUUGUACCACUGAGUGACGAUCCUACCGACUUCGAACCGCUAACUCCAGGUCACUUUUUGACGGGAUCCUGCCUCAAAAGUGUUCCAGAUUCCGACCUCUCCAAAAUUCCAUCAAACCGACUCCGCCAAUGGCACCUAGUUCAAAAGCUGUUCCAGAAUUUGUGGAAGAGAUGGCACUUGGAAUAUCUUUCUACAUUGCAGCCACGUACCAAAUGGUGCAAUCCACCCAUUCAACUACAGACCGGCCAACUGGUGAUCCUUCGCAACAACAACAUCGCACCGAUCCAAUGGCCAAUGGCACGAAUCCUUCAAGUUCAUCCUGGACCAGACGGCAUCGUUCGAGUUGUGACGGUCCAAACACAAAAUAAUCGCUAUGUUUAUCCGGUUUCCAAAAUUUGCCUCUUACCGUUACCAUCAGCUGCAGAGGAGUGA